AUGGAUGAGGCCACACUACUCUCUUCGGCUCCACAAGAAGUGUAUAUACCCCAAAAGUUGAAAGCCUUCAUGUCAGAACCACAAGGCAGCGCUCUGGUGGCUGCGCUCGAGUCACAAUUCCAAUGCAUCAUAUCAGUGAUCAACGACUUUCUCUCUGUGAAAAGUUCCAUUCCGGGAAUGCAAGCCGACUUAAGCCAAAUCGAGAACAUUCUGCGCGAUGUGUGGCAAAAGCGGGAUAUUCAAUUGAUGAUUCGAGAAGCGGCGCUGAACGCGUCCUGCACCCAUACUUGUCACACAAUCCUUCCACGCGCCUACUGCGCCGUCGUCUUUUUCUUCUCUUCUGAUAUCAAGAGACGGUCUCGAUGCAACGAUAUGAUUAUCGAUCAUUUCACUGGGAAGGUCACAAUGUUCGGCACCGAGCAAUCUGUCAAUACGGCGAGAGAGGUGAUGAUAGAGUGUCUGACGGAGCACUUCGGGCUUCUGGAAAUCGAAAUACCCAUCACGCGGCGAACUGCGAGAAUGGGCUACAACUCGAAUGCUAUCGAAAUGCCACAGAACUCGUUCAAUCCUGAAGUACCGCCUCCACAACUGCCAGCUGUCUGUCACCCGCCGUUCCUCAACAACAUCUUCUCGAUUUCUGAGCCAAACGCGAUUCUGACAUCGACACCUGCAUCUGCUCCAGCGCGCGAUGGUUCUCUCCUGCCAUUCGACAACCAUCUGCUUUUCCCAUCUGACUUCUCGGUUCCUCCACCGCAACUGCAGCCUGUCGUCGAGCCACCACCGAAGACCAAUAAUGUGGAGAAAAUCAAGCAUUGGAUUCCAACCGCAGAAGUCGGCAAGAUUCUCGGAAAUCGUGCGGCGAUGAAGAAGCAAAUCGAAGGCCAAUUCAACUGCGUCAUCACCGUACACACCGAAGUGUAUUCGCACUUUGGGAUGACGUCCGUCGAGAUCAUGGCACAAAACAAGGAGCAAUGCCGAGGAGCUCGCAACGCGGUGAUGUCGCUGAUGUCGGCAUAUCAGGAGAAGGCGGGCGGCUCCUCGGUCAACGACUCGGGAGUGAACAGCCCGGUGUCGCCGAUGACCACCGAGAGUCCUUCGACGACUCCGGAGAAGCGAGGCGGAAGACAGUACCACAGAAGCAGUUUCCGCGAUCAACCGAAGGUGAUGCUGGCGUUGACACCACGAAAGAUUGCCCCCGCCGUCACUGAAUAG